UUCAACUCCUAAACAAACCCAUUUGAUCAAUGUCUCAAAGGAUUGGAACUCAAUCAUAAAGCAUCAUACCAAGCUUAAGAAUGACCAUGCCAUUCUGUCUACAUAUACCCAGAUGGAAUCUCUUGGCAUUACACCCGAUUCUGCGACAAUGCCUCUUGUUUUAAAGGCUUGUGGGAGGCUCAACGCCAUUGAUAAAGGGAGGCCAGCAAGGUGUUCGUUGAAAUGCCUGAAAGAGAUUUGGUGUCGUGGAAUGCUUUGAUUUCUGGAUAUGUGGGGUGUUUGUGUUAUAAAGAAGCAGUUUUGUUGUUUGUGGAGAUGAAAAAGGCUGGUCUCACACCCAAUUCUCGUACUGUUGUGGCUCUGCUUUUGGCAUGUGGCGAGAUGUUGGAGUUGAGAUUAGGACAAGAGAUUCAUGGUUAUUGUUUGAGAAAUGGGUUGUUUGAUAUGGAUGCAUACGUUGGUACUGCUUUGGUAGGAUUUUAUUUGAGAUUUGAUGCAGUACUUUCGCACCGUGUUUUUAGCUUGAUGGUGGUGAGAAAUAUAGUGAGUUGGAAUGCAAUAAUAACCGGAUUUCUUAAUGUUGGAGAUUACACAAAAGCUUUGAAGCUUUUUAGUAGUAUGCUGAUAGAAGGUAUAAAGUUUGAUGCUGUUACCAUGUUGGUGGUAAUUCAAGCAUGUGCAGAAUACGGAUGUCUCCGAUUAGGCAUGCAACUGCACCAGUUGGCUAUCAAGUUCAAUUUGAUUAAUGACGUGUUUGUAUUAAAUGCACUAUUGAAUAUGUAUAGUGAUAACGGAAGUUUGGAAUCAUCAUGUGUGUUAUUCAAUGCUGUUCCCACCUCUGAUGCUGCUUUAUGGAAUUCCAUGAUAUCUUGUUACAUUGGUUUUGGAUUUCAUGCUGAAGCUAUAGCUUUGUUUAUUAAAAUGCGGUUGGAACGCAUAAAAGAAGAUGUUAGAACCAUUGUGAUUAUGUUAUCUUUAUGCAAUGAUCUAAAUGAUGGUUCACUAUGGGGUAGAGGCUUACAUGCUCAUGCCAUGAAAAGUGGAAUAGAACUAGAUGCAUUUCUGGGCAAUGCGUUGUUAAGCAUGUAUGUCAAGCACAAUCAAAUAAAUGCCGCACAGAAUGUUUUUGAAAAGACGAGAGGUUUGGAUGUCAUCUCAUGGAACACAAUGAUAUCAGCACUUGCUCAGAGUAUGUUUCGAGCAAAAGCAUUUGAACUCUUUUUUAUGAUGUGUGAAUCAGAAAUCAAGUUUAAUUCUUACACGAUAAUUUCUCUCCUCGCAUUGUGUAAAGAUGGAAAUGAUUUAGUGUUUGGGAGAUCGAUCCAUGGUUUUGCAAUAAAAAAUGGUCUCGAAAUAAAUACUUCUUUGAACACUUCACUUACUGAAAUGUACAUCAAUUGUGGUGAUGAAAGAGCAGCUAUAGAUAUGUUUACUAGAUGUCCUCAAAGAGAUUUAAUCUCAUGGAAUUCCCUAAUUUUAAGUUAUAUAAAGAAUGACAAUGCAGGGAAAGCUCUAUUACUUUUUAACCAUAUGAUUUCUGAGCUGGAGCCGAACUCUGUGACAAUCAUAAACAUCCUCACGUCUUGUACACAGCUUGCUCAUCUACCACUAGGACAGUGCUUGCAUGCUUACGCAACCAGAAGGGAAGAAUCUCUUGAAAUGGAUGCUUCUCUGGCAAAUGCUUUUAUAACUAUGUAUGCACGAUGCGGUAAAAUGCAAUAUGCAGAACAGAUUUUUCGCACCCUGCAGACAAGAAAUAUUGUCUCAUGGAAUGCCAUGAUAACAGGAUAUGGAAUGCACGGUCGCGGACGCGAUGCCACUCUAGCAUUUGCUCAGAUGUUGGAUGAUGGUUUCAAGCCUAACAAUGUAUCUUUUGCAUCUGUUUUAUCUGCCUGCAGCCAUUCUGGUUUGACUGAGACAGGUUUGCUACUCUUCCAUUCGAUGGUGCGGGAUUUUGGUCUUGCUCCUCAACUUACUCACUAUGGUUGUAUGGUCGAUCUGCUUGGUCGUGGGGGCCAUUUUUCUGAAGCUAUAGCUUUCAUCAACACAAUGCCCAUUGAACCUGAUGCAUCAAUUUGGAGAGCUUUGCUGAGUUCAUGGCAGAUUAAAAGCAAUAAAAAGCUAUUGGAGACCAUCUUUGGAAAGCUUGUUGAAUUAGAACCAAGCAAUCCAGGCAAUUUUAUUUUGCUUUCCAAUAUUUAUGCAGCAGCAGGCCUUUGGUCAGAAGUUGUACAGAUAAGAAAGUGGCUUCGAGAAAGAGGUCUAGGAAAGCCUCCAGGAACUAGCUGGAUUGUAAUUGGCAAUCAGGUUCACUAUUUCACUGCUACUGAUGUAUUACACCCUCAAUCAGAAAAAAUUUACGAAAAUUUGAAUUCUUUGACAUCAUUGAUUCAAGAUAUGGGCUGAAAUUAAGGAUUUUUCUGUCAUCCAGCCAGACGUGAUUUUGUGUGUGUUAUGAAAAGAGCUUUUCUCGAAAAAAAAUUACCUCAAAGUUCA